UCUACAAUUAAUAGUUUAUGCCGUGAAAGAGCAGCAUAUCAGACUCGGACAGGCGGAACGAAAAGUCCAACAGAAUCAAGCUGUGAGAGCAUUCGACGUUGUAUCAUCAUGAUCAGUAAAUGAGAAUAAGUGGUAAAUUUGCACAUUCUCGACACAGAUACUAAACACGUUCAGAGCGAAGCGCGAUAUACUAUUAAGUAGGAAGAAAAAAAACCUUCGAACGCAGUGAGCAGUGUUGUUUGCUUGUACAAGUAGGCACUUGCUUCUAAUGUGUGAUAUUAGAUUUGUGGAUCAGCGUGAAUAAGUGACACUACUUGCAAUAAUAGUUACUACAGUUCAAUCCAAGUGCACUUUGGAGUUGAUUAAAACAAUCCCAAAUUCCAGUGCUUCCUCGGAUCCGAAGCAAAUCGUGACCUAAUGAGUGCGGAAAGAGCGUCAGCCAUAUCGAUUUAAUCAAGUGAGAUGGAACUCAACGAACAUGAAAGCUUGGAUAAAAUCACCAACAGUUACACCAUGGAAUAAAGGAUCUUCAGUUCAAGAUUAGCUUUCCUAGUCAUUGGGGGGUCGGGCGAUUGCCUGUACCCCCUACUAGUGAGAUUUUAGCGACAAUUAGUAUGUUCGAACAAAUAAAAACCGAACCAAUGGGAUUCUACACCGCUUAUCCACCACCCCAGGGUGCCCAGACACCAAUUACAACAGCCACUCGCACUGACCAAACCCAACAAACCGUAAUAGCCGUUAAUGAGAGCAAGCCAGUCGUCACCAGUAAUGAACCAGUUGUUCCGACCCAACCUGUUAAUAGUCAUUCCACCGCACCAAGCCGAAGUAAAAGGCAAACAUGCAAAGUUUGUGGCAAAACAUUAUCUUCCCCGAGCAGCUAUUAUGUGCACAUGAAACUCCAUUCGGGAACGAAACCAUUCGCUUGUACGGUAUGCGAUGCUGCAUUUUGUAGGAAACCUUAUCUUGAAGUUCAUAUGCGAACUCACACAGGUGAACGACCAUUCUCUUGCGAUGUGUGUCUUAAACGCUUUAGUCAGAAAUCUUCAUUGAACACACACAAGAAAAUUCAUAUGAGAUAUUGGAGCAUUCAUAAACCGUUCCAGUGUAAUCAGUGUAGUGCAUCUUUCGGCCGAAAACCGUAUUUAGAAAUCCAUCUUCGAACCCACUCCGGUGAACGUCCUUUCGCUUGUGACAGAGAAGGUUGCGACAAAAGGUUUUCACAGAAAUCGACUCUAAACAUUCACAAACGUGUUCACGACCCGAACCAUCGGCCUUUUACUUGCGAACAUUGCCCAGCAACGUUUUGUCGGAAACCUUAUCUUGAUAUCCACAUAAGGUCACAUACCGGAGAGAGACCAUUCGAAUGUGUAACGUGCUUGAAACGGUUUUCCCAAAGAUCUACAUUGAAUAUUCACAAACGUAUACAUACGGGUGAACGACCCUACGCAUGUGAUAUAUGCAAUAAAACAUUUGCCGUUAAAAGCUAUGUCACAGCACAUCGCUGGUCGCACGUUUCGGAGAAGCCAUUGAAUUGCGAUCGCUGUUCAAUGACCUUCACCAGCAAGUCCCAGUUCGCAAUCCACAUUCGGACGCAUUCGGCAGGCCAGAAUUUCGAGUGUCGAUUGUGUGGCCGAACCUUCAUCCGGGACAGCUAUCUCAUUAGGCAUAACAAUCGCGUCCAUCGGGAGAACCGGAUCAACGCCAGUAGCGUCAGUGCCACCAUUAACAGCGUAGCGAUUGGGGAAAUUCCUUCGCCACAUAUUGGGGGAUCGGAUGUGGCGAACAGUGCAGCGCAGGAUACAGCAGAUCACACCGUAGUGCAGAUCGCUUCCCAGUCCCGUGAACCAUUCAACAAUGCCACAGUACAACAACCCUGCAAUUUCAGAUAUGUACCCGAGCUUCAUAUGUCCGAAACAAUAUCAUCCGUAUCCCACAUUUCUUCCCCGGACAUCAGUAAUAGUCACAAUUUAUCACCAAGUAUGACCAGCUCGAGCCAAGACCACGGAAUAACGUCAAAUCGAACGAUGAUAAUCAAUGCCAGUACUGGAAGCGUUCACAUGACUGACGGUAUCAUUGAUCAGGGCGGCGCUCGUCUGAUUCAUGAGUUACACGAUCGUGAUCGUAUCGAAAUGGAUCGAGUUCUACAGCACGAACGUACUGACCACGAAACUCGGAACUUGGCGGAACGCUUCAUACAUAAUGCCGAACGAAUGGCACAAGAUCAUGUCAUACAACAACAGCAGCAGCAACAACAAGAUCAUCACCAAAAUAUGAUGUCUCCGGUUCAUCGUAUGGUUACCGAUAAAAACAGUAUUCCCCAUCUCCUAGAACCAAAACCAGAAUAGAAUCUCUUGCUAAUGAAUGCUAACCGUUACCGUAUCAUAGUGAAACCAUAUACCAAAUGAUACAAACCAUACUGUACAAUUAUUAAAGUAUACCAAACUAGCAGUGAAACACAAGAAAUUUAGAACAAACGUUUGAAAUACACAAUUGUAGGAAUAUUCUGAGAGCGUAACCUAAGAUCAACAAAUCCAUUGCAAUAUCGCAGGAAUAUACGAUAAAACAAGGCAAUGUGAGAAUUUAAUACCUACCACGAUAAACGUAGCAAAUUAUGACUUACACAUAGUACCACGCAUUACAAUAUAUUCACUAACAAGCAACAAUAUUAUAAUCAUUAUUAGUAGUGAUAGCAUAUUAUGAUAGCAAAAUACCAAAUUUUUAUACAGUAAAAACGAAGGCAGCGCCAUUGGUAUUAUAGUGAAUCAGGAUUAGUUUUUGUUUUCUUUCGUUGACCUACAAAUGAUCAUCAAAUAUAGUAAAAUAAUAAGUGAAAACAUCAAAUCUCGAAUGAACGGUCUCCCCGAGCAGGAAAUACAGGAGAGAAUGUGUUAUAGAGCAUAUAAUAUAGAGACACCAUGAAGCUUCCUAGAGUAGUCAUUUCCAAAAUGAUGUGAUCUGUAGCUGCCUUCGGCGUUUUAUUUUCGACGUAAGUUUCCAAAAAGGAAAAAAAAACCAUUGCAAGAAAUGGAAAUGAUUGUGUAAACGCCCGAUUGUAACGUUAGUAGUUAUUAUGAAAUAUAUUUAUUUUAUUUAACGGA